AUGGCGAGAGAUGUUUCUCUGGUGGCGGUACUGCUGUUAAUACUUGAAGGCACAUUCGUGUAUUGUCAAGAGCGAUGUUCAUACAUGACCAAUAUACCGCGCGAGCCGAAACCUGACCUGCCUGAACUUGAUUUUGAAGGGGUGCCUUUUAGCCAGAGACCCUUCACACCAGCUCCCGAGCGCGAUGACGUGUGCAUGGACGAGUACGUCCCGGCGCCCCCCACCAGCGGCACCCAGAUCAUCUACAUGGACGAGGAGAUAGUGGGUGAGGUGGCCAUCGCCACCAUAAACUACAACGGAACUGAGGUGCCCUACAUAGUCGGGGCAUUCAUUUCUGGUUCGUUUAAUCUCCUGGGUCCAGUAAUACGUAAAGUGGAUGACAAAUGGAUGCUCUACAUAACGCAGAGACAGGACUUCGAGACACCUGGGAUGCAGCGUUACAUGUUCCAAGUGCGUAUUGACGGGGAGUCCCUGGUGGCGGUGGUUUCCCUGCAAAUCGUGAACAUCGACGACAACGAUCCCAUCAUACAGGCGCUGGACGCCUGCCGGGUGCCGGAACUCGGCAGCCCCGGCCCGACGGACUGUGUGUACCAAGUGACGGACGCGGACGGCGAGAUAAGUACGCGCUUCAUGACCUUCAAGAUCGACAGCGACAGGGGCGACGAAAGCAUAUUCUACAUCCAGGGCGAGAACAUCCCAAACGAGUGGUACCGGAUGACGAUGACCCUCGGCCUCAACUCCUCGCUGAACUUCGAAACGAACGCCCUCCACAUAUUCAGCGUCACUGCAUUCGACUCGCUGCCCAACAAUCACACUGUGACGUUGAUGGUGCAAGUUGUGAACGUGGAGCACAGACCGCCACGCUGGGUGGAGAUCUUCGCUGUGCAGCAGUUCGACGAGAAGACCGAACAGAGCUUCACCGUCAGGGCAAUAGACGGUGAUACCGGGAUCAAUGGACCGAUAUUCUACAGGCUUGAGACUGCACCGGAAGACACAUUCUUCAACAUCACCACGAUAGGGGAUGGGCACGACGGCGCCAUUUUCCACGUCUCGCCCAUAGACAGGGACGAGCUGCAGCGGGAAGUGUUCCAGCUGUCGAUAAUAGCUUACAAAGAGAGCAACGAGAGUCUAUUCUUAUCCGCCAACGUCGUCAUCAUCGUGAAUGACGUCAACGACCAGAGACCGGAGCCUCUGUACAAAGAGUACAGAAUCGACAUAAUGGAGGAAACGCCUAUGACCCUGAACAUAGAACAGCUGGGAUUUCACGAUCGCGAUUUGGGUCAAAACGCGCAAUACAGCGUGCACCUUGAGAGCGAAUAUCCAGCGGACGCGGCGAAAGCGUUCUACAUCGCACCGGAAGUGGGCUACCAGCACCAGGAGUUCAUAAUGGGCACUCUCAAUCACUCCAUGCUUGAUUACGAAGUGCCGGAAUACCAAAACAUCAGACUCAGGGUGGUGGCGACGGACCUCAACAAUACGGACCUAGUGGGAGUAGCCACGGUGUACAUAAACCUCGUGAACUGGAACGACGAGCUGCCGAUUUUCGAGCACAGCACGCGGACCGUGACCUUCAACGAGACAGAAGGCCAGGGCUUCUACGUGGCCACCAUGCUUGCGACCGACCGGGACAUAGGCGACAGAGUAGUACACUCAUUGAUGGGCAACGCUGGUCAGUAUAUCACCAUCGACAACACGACUGGCGAAAUCCAUGUAUCUGUGGACGACGCAUUCGAUUAUCACAGGCAGAGCGAAAUAUUCGUUCAGGUGCGAGCCGACGACACCCUGGGCGAACCGUACCACACCGCCACUGCACAGCUGCUCAUCCAGCUCAACGACAUCAACAACACUCCACCGAGCCUACGUCUGCCUCGGGGCAGUCCGCAAAUAGAGGAGAAUGUGCCAGACGGAACAGAAAUCACGCGGGAGAUCCGCGCAACGGACCCGGAUACAACAGCCGAGCUACGCUUCGAAAUAGACUGGGACAGUUCGUACGCGACCAAGCAAGGGAGAGAAACGGACCCGAGGGAGUACCACAACUGCGUGGAAAUCGAGACCCUGUAUCCUGAGCCAAGCAGCCGCGGUGUGGCAACGGGCCGCGUGGUCGUGCGCCAGAUCCGCCCCAACGUGACCCUCGACUACGAGCAGUUCGAGAUCCUGUACCUCACCGUCAGGGUGCGCGACCUCAACACCGAGAUAGGGGACGAUUACGACGAACUGACGUUCACGGUGAUGAUCAUCGACAUGAACGACAAUGCGCCUCUGUGGGUGGAGGGCACCUUACUCCAGCCCUUCAGAGUCCGCGAGCUGUCGAGAACUGGCACCGCCAUCGGCUCCCUUCUGGCCACCGACCUGGACGGCCCGCUGUACAACCAAGUUCGCUACACCAUCGUGCCGAGGAACAACACGCCGGCGGACCUGGUGAAGAUAGACUUUUACACUGGGCAGCUGGAGGUGGACGAAGACGGGGCGAUAGACGCGGACACGCCGCCGCGCUACCACCUGUACUAUACGGUGGUCGCCAGCGACCAGUGCUACGCCGAGAAUCAGAGCAGCUGCCCACCAGACCCCACCUACUGGCGUACUGAAGGGGAGAUCAGCAUCGAGAUCAUCGACACAAACAACAAAGUGCCGAGGGCCGAAAUCGAGCAGUUCGAUACGGUGAUAUACGUUUACGAGAACGCGACCUCAGGCGACGAGAUCGUGCGCAUCGUGUCCAGCGACGACGACAGGGACGCAAUGUACAACACGGUGCGCUACCAGAUCAACUACGUGGUGAAUCUGCGCCUGAGGAACUUCUUCGCGGUGGACCUGGACACCGGACAGGUCUUCGUCAACUACACCACGGAGGAGACCGUGGACAGAGACGGCGACGAACCGGAGCACACCAUCUUCUUCAAUCUCAUCGACAACUUCUAUACUGAAGGGGACGGAAACAGAAAUCAAAAUGAUACCGAGGUUCUCGUGGUGCUGCUGGACGUGAAUGACAAUGCCCCUGAAUUACCGGAGCCCCAUGAACUUUCAUGGUCCGUCUCUGAGAAUCUGGAGAAGGGCGUGUGCUUGGUGCCGGACAUAUACGCCCCCGACCGCGACGAGCCGGACACCGACAACUCGCGCGUGGGCUACGCCAUCGACGGGCUGACCCUCACCGACCGCGACCUGGAGCCACCGACCCUCUUCACCAUGGUCCAGAUACAGAACGUCACCGGGGAGCUCCAGACCGCUAUGGACUUGCGAGGCUACUGGGGCACCUACACUAUACAUAUACGAGCCUUCGACCAUGGCCACCCGCAACAAAGUUCCGAGGAGCACUACGAGCUGGUCAUCCGCCCCUACAACUUCCACGAGCCGCAAUUCCUGUUCCCGCGCCACGGCACCACUGUGAGGCUAGCAAGGGAGAGGGCGGUGGUAAACGGUCUACUGGUGCAAGUGGACGGCGAGUUUCUGCCACGGGUGUCGGCCACGGACGAGGACGGCCUCCACGCCGGGAUAGUCACAUUCAACGUGUCUGGUGAUGCGGAAGCCGAAGAUCAUUUUCAAGUGGUUAACGAUGGAGAAAACAUCGGUACUCUGAUGCUGAAGCAGAUUUUCACGGAAACAAUCAAGGAAUUUCAAGUGACCAUCCGCGCUACGGACGGUGGCACUGAACCUGGACCUCUGUCAACGGAUUCAACUCUGAACAUCAUCUUCGUACCAACGCAAGGAGAGCCAGUUUUCUCCUUAACCACAGCGGAUGUGGCUUUCUUCGAGAAAGAGGGAGGCUUGGAAGAGAGCCACCAGCUGCCAUUAGCCGAGGACCCAAAAAACUACCGCUGCGAUGACGACUGCCAUGAUAUCUACUACAGGAUCGUGGACGGCAACCGGGAGGGGCAUUUCCAUUUGGCCGAGGACUCCAACACUCUGCGUGUGGUGCGACAACUGGACCGCGAGGUGGCUGCAUCGCACAGUCUGCUGGUGGCGGCAUCUAACAGCCCAGCGUCUGAAGGCGGCACCGCACUGCUGACCUCCACGCUCCAAGUCACCGUAACGGUGAGAGAGGCAAAUCCACGGCCAUACUUCGUGAGGGCGCUUUACACGGCUGGCAUUUCUACGCUGGACACGAUCAACAGGGAACUGCUCACGGUGCAUGCGACGCACUCGGAGGGCGCCACCAUCACGUACACGAUGAAGGAGGGAAGCAUGCAAGCGGACCCCAGCCUUCAGGCGGUGAAGGACACCGCUUUUAUCCUGGACUCCCGCACAGGAGUUCUCUCCCUCAACAUGCAGCCCACGGCCUCGAUGCACGGCAUCUUCGACUUCGAUGUCGUCGCCACCGAUCCAACCGGAGCCAGUGACACGGCAAAUGUGAAGAUAUAUCUGAUCUCAAGCAUGAACCGAGUUUUCUUCAUAUUCGUCAACACUGUGGACCAAGUGGAAAAUGACAGAGACUUCAUCGCGCAGACGUUCAGUGCCGGCUUCGGGAUGACCUGCAACGUGGACCAGGUGGUGCCGGCCAGCGACGACAGCGGCGUGGCGCUCUCCGACCUCACCGAGGUGAGGGCGCACUUCAUACGCGACGACGUGCCCGUGCCCGCUGAGGUGAUCGAGGAACUGCGCAGUGACGCGGGACUGGUGCGCGCGAUCCAGGCGACCUUGAGCACGCAACUGCUGGUGCUUCGCGACCUAGUGACCGGAGCGGUGCCAACCCCGCCCGCGGAGGCGCGCGCGCUUCAGCUGUUGGCAGCCCUGUGCGCACUGUUGGCUCUACUCUGCCUGGCGCUGCUCCUCGCUCUGGUGCUACGGACACGAGCCUUGAGCCGCCGCCUCGAAGCGCUGUCGAUGACGAAGUACGGGUCCCAAGAUUCGGGGCUGAACCGCGCGGGGCUUGCGGCGCCCGGCACCAACAAGCACGCCGUCGAGGGCUCCAACCCCAUCUGGAACGAGGCCAUCAAAGCACCCGACUUUGACGCCAUCAGUAACUCGAGCGACGGCUCUAACGAUUCGGACCUGAUCGGCAUAGAGGACCUUCCGCAGUUCAGGCAGGACUACUUCCCGCCAGCUGACACGGAGUCCGUCCAAGAAUUUGUCAACGGGAACGCGACACGAGACACUGUAGCCAACCACAGCAACAAUUUCCAAUUUAAUGCCACUCCAUUCAGCCCAGAGUUCGUCAGUAACUUUAAAAAA